CUCUCGAGAGGGUAGAAACCUGUGGUGCCAGCCGCCUUAUUUCUAGACAAAGCGCAUGUCCUCCCCUCCCCCGUCUCCGAUUAGGAAGAGGGGCCUCCCUCCUCGCUGCGCUGCUAGCGGAGUUGGGCCUCCUGGGAAGGCGGUGCAUUUUCCUGCAGCGUCGAGGCCUGGCGCGCGCGUUCCCUGUCCCGAGGCCGCGGCGUCCACUCCGUUACGUGGCCGCCGCCCGAGGGGGUGGCGCGGGCCCUGUGGCGCAGUGCCCUUGAGCCCCCGCGUCGCGGCCUUUGUUUCUCCCCGCGGAUCCGCUGACCACGAGGCCCGCGCUCCCGGGUGGGGGUGGGUGCAUGGUCUUUAGGCGAGGGAUUAAGCUGCGAAAGACCCGGGGCUUAGGGAAGAGGAUAUAUAGGGUGUAGCUCUUCAAGUCUGCAAUUUUAAAAAAUGGCCUCCAAUAAGACUACAUUGCAAAAAAUGGGAAAGAAACAGAAUGGAAAGAGUAAAAAAGUUGAAGAGGCAGAGCCUGAAGAAUUUGUGGUAGAAAAAGUCCUAGACCGACGUGUAGUAAAUGGAAAGGUGGAAUACUUUCUGAAGUGGAAAGGAUUUACAGAUGCUGACAAUACUUGGGAACCUGAAGAAAAUUUAGAUUGUCCAGAGUUAAUUGAAGCAUUUCUUAAUUCUCAAAAAGCUGGUAAAGAAAAAGAUGGUACCAAAAGAAAAUCUUUAUCUGACAGCGAAUCUGAUGAUAGCAAAUCAAAGAAGAAAAGAGAUGCUGCUGACAAACCAAGAGGCUUUGCCAGAGGUCUUGAUCCUGAACGAAUAAUUGGUGCCACAGACAGCAGUGGAGAAUUGAUGUUUCUUAUGAAAUGGAAAGAUUCAGAUGAGGCAGACUUGGUGCUGGCAAAAGAAGCAAAUAUGAAGUGUCCUCAAAUUGUAAUUGCUUUUUAUGAAGAGAGACUAACUUGGCAUUCUUGUCCAGAAGAUGAAGCUCAAUAACUAUUUGCAUUGUUUUUUAUAUAUAUUUAUAUAUAUAUAUAAAAUCUGGGUCUUGGUUUUUGAUUUACUAGUGUGAAAAAAUAACUACAUUCUAAUGAAAAUCAAGUUUGAUAUGUUGGUUUUGAAAGUAGUAUUGGGGAGUUGUUGGGUUUUAUUUUUUUGUUUUGCAUCAGUAGCACUGGUUACUUUGAACAAAUAAAAGCUUUCUGUAGUUGCUUCCUUUAUCAGAAAAGAGCAUUUGCUAUGAUGGUAUAUUUCCUCUGCUUUUCUGAAAGUUGGGGAAAUUUCUGUAGUCAUUACUCAGAACUUGUUUUUAACUCAUAUGCCUAAGGACCAUUCUGGGGGUUUUGUUUAUUUGUGUGUGUGUGUGUGUGUGCAUGUGUACAUAAAAUACUUACAUAAUGGUUUUGGUUUUUUAAACAUUCACCAACACAAAAACAAUGGGUAGUAAACCCAAGUUCCUGAGAUGCCAUCAUCCUCUGCAACCUAAGAAAUGUCACUUCAAGUUAAAUUGAAAUUUUCCCUGAACUUAACCUUUCAGAUUAAAUAAGUGAUUCUGUAGUUAAUUGGACACUUUAAAUUAGAUAAUUAAAAGCACAUUAAAUUUACAUCUGUCGUCACAUAAAUGCAACAGUUUUAUUUGCAAAAUUCCUGAAAGGAAAAAUACUAUCACUAUGCCACUUCUGCACCCAGGCAAAUAAACUAGACAAAUCCUAGUUUGUCUUAAAAUUAUUGAAGAAAGAAGUGGGUAUAUUGAGAGUUCUAGUUAGCCAUUCCUUUUUUUAAAAGUUGAAAUCUGCAUACUAAAAGGUAAUAAUUCAUGGAAUGUCUUUUAAGAUUUGGCUCAUGGAUACCUGAUCAGAUGGCUAAAGAUGUUGGCAAUUUAUAGCCUGCUCACAUAAAUUGGUGAGGGAAUUUUUACAGUCUAAACUAUUGACCUGCAUGUGUUUUCUUCACCCCAGUUCAUCCUUAACAUGUAGGCUCAGUCUUUUCAGUAUUUGGAUUACUGGUUCAACACAAGCCAAGAAAAUAACUUUGUAGUAAUCAGAAUGUUACCCAACUGUAUAUUGUUUACUUUAUUGUAAAUACUGGUGAACAAUGGUCAAUAAAUAGUUUUAUAUUCCUUUA